AUGAAUUCCUCCUCGGAGCGGGAGCGGAAGCGGAGGAGAAUGCAAUCGAACCGUGAAUCGGCGCGGCGGUCGCGGAUGAGGAAGCAAAAGCAUUUGGACGAUCUGACGGCGGAGAUUGCUCAGCUGUGGAGAGAAAAUAAGCAGAUCUUGAAGAGCAUCAAUGGUGGGACGCAGCAAUGCAUGAGAAUGGAGGCACACAACUCGGUGCUGAGGGCUCAGAUGAUGGACCUCUCACAGAGGCUCCAUUCCCUCAACCAACUCUUGACCGCCCACGCCCCCGAUUCUUUCUUCACCACCCACCACCACCCUAUCAUGGCGUUCCAUUAUUAUUGA